ACUAUGUAUAUCCAGUAAACCUAACUCGCCUGUCUUCACAAAUGUUAGUUCAGGAUCCCUAGACAACGGAAGAAUGUCGUUGUUACGUUUUCCCAAACAACUAACCCAAGGUUCGUUUUUGCGCCAUUUUUCGAAGCAGACGGUUUCCAUUCAGAAGACCCCUCAUGACUACCCUAUGGUGAAAGGUUCGGAAAUAUGGAAAAGAAAAUGCAGGACUUUCUUCAGGGCCAAUGAUGUAGACGGUGACGGAUACCUGACAAGGAGAGAUUAUGAACUGAGCGCCCAUCGCGUUACAGCUUACAUGUGUCUUGACGAAAACGAAGCAAAAAAGGUAUUUAAAAACCGUUUAGACAUCUGGGAAGGAGUGUCGAGAGGAAUAGGCAAACCGGAUGGCUCCAGAGUUUCAGAAGAUGAGCAUAUUUCCAACUUCCUUCAAACCGUUAAUACCAGUUACCGUGAUUCGGUUGUGAGCUUUGCCUCCACUGACUUCGACGCCAUAGAUCUUGACGGAGACGGUUUCAUCUCCCCAAAGGAGCACGAGGCGUUUUUCUACAGUUGGGGAAUUCCCACAGUGCACUCGGCAGAUGCUUUUAAAACACUUGAUAAAAACGGCGAUGGCUUGAUAAGCAAAGAGGAGUUCAUUCGAGGAGCGUUGGAUUACUCAUUUACCGAAGAUGAAAACAACCCCUACAAUAAUUUUUUUGGACCAAUUGCAAAUUAAUUGUUUUGAUAAAUUGAAUUUAUUCCAAAAUGCAAUGGAUUGCAAGUAACGCCCAAACAUUUACCGUAAGCCUAUCUACAUAUUACAAGAUGUGUGGGAAAACAUUUCGACUCAAUGCCCUCACUUGUAUGUAGAAAAAAAUUAUAUCUAUGGCAAGAAGGAUGCCCCACAUCUCAACCAAAAUAGAACUCGACAUUAUAAGCAGUAUGUUUAAAAGGAUUAAACAGGGACUUCAUUCAUGUAAUAACAGCACCCGUAACUGUACAUACAGUAUAUGAAUCUUAUGUUGACUUCAGUAAGGUAUUUGGCAGUUUUUAGAUAAUUACGCAUUUUCAAACUUCUAGAACAAAACAAAUGGAUAUAUGUAUUUAUGCAAACAUACGGUUGAUGUAUCAACAAGGUACAGUUCAUGGUGCAUGAAAACUAGCACAAGUCUAAUUCAUUCCGUUCUAAACGGGACUAAUGAACUAAUGAAAUGUGCAGUUAUUUUCUUAUACUUAGCAACAAUUCACUGCCUGGCAUUGUCACUGCAGAUUGUCUGAUGCUACUGUUAUGAAGUGCUUCCAGCCUACGAUUUAACCAUAUCGAAAAUAUAGAUAAAGGCCAUCGAUAGGUAUCAAUAAACCUGUCUAAAUUGAUUAGUUACUACAUGUAUCAGUAGAAAGAGGAAAUUUUUACAUAAAUAGAAAA